AUGUGCUGCUUCUCACGCAGAGCUGAUAGUUCCGCAUGGGACAGCAACGAUUAUGCACCAAGGCCGAGUAAACUUCAACCAUCUACAGCAUCAUCGCGCUGGCAAGCAAGUCUUGCUCCAAACAACGAGCCAAAGUCGAUAUCCCAGAAGCAUGGAGGUUAUCGUGAAAACACAAAUGUAUUCCAAACGGCUCGGCCAACUGGGCAAAACCAGCCAAUCCAGCUGCAAACGCCAGCUUCGACGGUCUUCGACAACAGACAGAAGUUGAUUACUCAGGGAACAGCUAGAACUCAAGAUCAAGACUAUGACCCAGGAAACCAAGUAGCACGUUUCACUCCUGCACAAUCAAAUGACCGCAAACCAUUUCGGCCCUUCGGCUCCCAUCUCAGCAACCACCAACAACCUAAUCCACCGCGCUGCAUAACUUGUUCUUCCCCUUUAAUCCACUACAUCACCAACGCCUCCAACGAAAACGGCAACGCAGGCCGUCCACACUGGCAGUGUUCCUGGUGUCCGAAAUUCUCCUAUUUCGACGACAGUCGCGGGAUUCAUGAGGAUAACCCGAGAUGUAAAUGCGGGUUAAUUUCGAGAUUGAUGCUUGCUGGGAGAGAGGAGCGUGUGAAGAAUAAGAGGCAUUUGUAUUAUUCGUGUGCGCAGAAGAGAUGCGGGUUUUGGGGUUUGUAUAGGGAUGAGUGGGAUGAGCCGAGGGUGUUGAGGGAGGAUGAGAUUCAUGGGUUUGUGAAGAAUGGUGUUAUUUAG